AUGCGCUGGGCUUGGUUCUGUGUGGCCAGUGCAGUACUCGGGUGCUCUUCCUUGUGCAUGGCCAGGGCAGUACUCGGAUGCUCUGGGCGUCAUCCUGUGUGGCCAGUGCAGUACUCGGAUGCCUUGGGCUUGGUUCUGCGUGGCCAGUGCAGUAUUCGGAUGCUCUUCGUUGUGUAUGGCCACGGCAGCACUCGGAUGCUCUGGGCUUCAUUCUGUGUGGCCAGUGCAGUACUCGGAUGCUCUGGGCUUGGUUCUGUGUGGCCAUCGCAGUACUCGGUUGCUCUGGGCUUCGUUUUGUGUGGCCAGUGCAGUACUCGGAUGUUCUGGGCUUCAUUCUGUGUGGCCAGUGCAGUACUCGGAUGCUCUGGGCUUCGUUCUGUGUGGCCGGCGCAGUAUUCGGAUGCUCUGGGGCUGGUUCUGUGUGGCCAGUGCAGUACUCGGAUGCUCUGGGCAUCAUUCUGUGUGGCCAGUGCCGUACGCGGAUGCUCUGGGCUCGGUUCUGUGGGGCCAGUGCAGUACUCGGAUGCUCUGGGCUUGGUUCUGUGUGGCCAUCGCAGUACUCGGAUGCUCUGGGCUUCGUUCUGUGUGGCCAGUGCAGUACUCGGAUGCUCUGGGCUCGGUUCUGUGGGGCCAGUGCAGUAG